AUGGUUCGCAUUACCCCCUUCGCCGUUGAGCAAUGGAUGGACAAGUAUGAGACGACGCCAGACGUCCUCAACAUUGCCGAGACAUGCGCCGCUUCUGUGUCCAUCGACGACCUAAUUGGUCUGUCAAAGGACCCAGCGGCUCCAGGCCCUAUCGAUACCAGCAUCAAGCUCACCUACGGGCCUAUCCCCGGAACUCGGACGCUGAGGGAGCGAAUUGCUGCUCACUGUAGCACCGAGGAGACGCAGCUGGCGGCCGAGGACGUUGUCAUCACUCAAGGCGCGAUCGGCGCCAACUUUCUGUCCCUCUACACCCUCGUAGGACCGGGAGACCACGUGGUCUGUGUCUAUCCAACUUACCAGCAACUCUACGAUGUUCCCCGGAGUGUCGGUGCUGAAGUUACGCUGUGGAAGCUGCGUGCGGAGGAGGGCUUUGUCCCCAAUGUCGAUGAGUUGACCAGCCUGAUCAAGGAGAACACCAAGAUGAUCAUCAUCAACAAUCCUAACAACCCCACAGGAGCCCCGAUCUCGACCGACAUCGUGCAGCGCAUUGCACGUGUGGUGGAAGAAAAGGGUAUCAUCCUCUUCUCCGAUGAGGUCUACCGCCCGCUCUUCCACGGCGGGGCCCUGGGAGAAAUCGAAGUACCGCUUCCGGCAACCACACUCGGAUACCAGAAGACUGUUGUCACUGGAUCCAUGUCCAAGGGGUAUGCGUUGGCUGGCAUCCGAGUGGGGUGGGUUGCUAGCAGAGACAAGUCCAUCAUCUCUGCCAUCAUGUCGGCACGCGACUACACCACCAUCAGUGUCUCUCAGAUAGACGACCAGAUUGCAAGCUACGCUCUUUCGCCAGCUGUCCGGCCGUCGCUGGUUGAACGCAAUAUGACACUGGCAAGGACCAACGCAAAGCUGGUGAAGGAGUUUGUCGAGCGCCACAAGUCAGUGUGCUCAUGGGUUGAACCUAGAGCCGGAACGACGGCCUUUAUCCGGUUCACUAAGAACGGCGAGCCCGUGAAUGAUGUCGACUUUUGCCUGGACCUGUUGGACAAGACUAAGAUCCUGUUCUGCGCGGGCUCGCGUUGCUUUGGAGGUGAUGAGGAUUUCAAGGGUUAUGUUAGAAUGGGAUACGUCUGUGAGACGGAGGUUUUGGCCGAAGGCCUGAAGAGGCUCGGCGACUACGUUGACAACAACUUGUCGUAG